AUGGAGGAAUUGAGAUUUUGGUUAGACAAUUUACGUUAUCUAAACGGGUAUAACAUUCGGCCAAAAGUGUCUUUAGAACCUUUAACAAUCCACACUGACGCUAGUGGCGUUGGUUAUGGUGGUUAUUUUACCUCGUUGAGGGAUGUAAAUAUACACGGACAUUGGUCCGUUGAGCAAAGUGGUAAGAGUUCCACGUUCCGGGAGUUAUCGGCUAUCCUACUAGUUUUGAAAACUUCUGUGCAACGUUUACAGCAUAAAAAGGUGAAAAUAUUUUCAGAUAGCCAGAGCGCCUGUCGCAUCGUUCAAGUCGGGAGUAGAAUUUUCGAACUCCAAAAUAUUGCAGUAGACAUUUUCAACAUUUGUUUCAUUAACGACAUUAUGAUUGAAACACAAUGGAUUCCUCGAGCAGAAAACAGGACUGCCGAUGUAUUAAGCAAAACCAUUGAUUUAGAUGAUUGGAAGUUACACCCAGAAUUAUUUGUUAUGCUUCAUAGAGCAUGGGGUCCUUUUACUAUUGAUAGGUUCGCCGCUAAUUACAAUACACAAUUACAAAGAUUCAAUUCACGAUUUUGGUGUCCUGAAACAGAGGCUGUUGACGCAUUUACUAAAAAUUGGUCAAACGAAGCGAACUGGGUCUGUUCGCCAGUGGCUUUAAUCAUUCCCGUCAUUAGACACAUGUCCGUGUGUAAGGCCAAAGGUACCUUUAUAGUUCCUCGUUGGCCGUCCGCUAUUUUUUGGCCAGCCAUUAAAACCAAACCUGGAAAGUUUGCUCCAUUUGUUAAGGACAGUUUAGUUUUACUAAAAAAAAAAAAUAGCACAGAUGUGCAUUCCUGGUGA